AUGGGUCAGCUUUGGGAGGAGACUUACGAACCCGCGACGGUAGCGUUUAUACUAGUGGGCGCGGCGCUCGUGUUCGUGAUGGUACCGGGGCUGGGCUUCCUGUACUCGGGGCUGACGCGCAGAAAGUCGGCGCUGGCCCAGAUAUGGGCGGUACUCAUGGCCGCGCUCGUCGGCAUGGUUCAGUGGUACUUCUGGGGCUACUCUCUGGCGUUUUCGAAAACGUCCCACAACCACAAGUUUAUCGGCAACCUGGACUCGUUCGGGUUCCGUAAUGUCUACGGCAAAGCCUCAGAGGACAGCGAGUACCCGGAGAUUGCGUUUGCGGCGUUCCAGGGGCUGUUCAUGUGCGUCACUCUCAGCAUUAUCGCAGGUUGUACCGCGGAAAGAGGUAGACUUUUGCCACACAUGGUGUUUUUAUUCUGUUUUGCAACGCUCGUGUAUUGCCCUGUCACAUACUGGAUUUGGGCGAGCGACGGGUGGGCCUAUAGGUGGGGUGUUCUUGACUGGGCCGGCGGUGGGCCGGUCGAGAUUCUAUCCAGUGCUGGCGGCUUUGUCUACUCAGCGUUUCUCGGCAAGCGUAAGGAGAGCCUGUUGAUAAACUUCAGGCCACACAAUGUCUCCAUGGUCACCCUGGGUACAUCUCUGCUGUGGUUCGGCUGGCUCGGAUUCAACUCCUGCACAUCUCUGACGCCCAAUCUUAAAUCCGCAUACGCGUUCAUGAAUACUAAUUUGAGCGCCGCGGUCGGCGGCAUGACCUGGUGCCUGCUCGACUUCAGACUCGAGAAAAAAUGGUCUACAGUUGGUAUGUGUUCUGGCAUCAUCUGCGGUUUGGUGGCUGCUACCCCUAGUUCCGGUUGCAUCACCUUAUAUGGAUCUGUUAUCCAAGGUAUCGUGGCAGGAAUCGUUUGCAACUUCUCCACUAAGAUAAAGUACUACCUGAAAGUCGAUGACUCUAUGGAUAUCCUAGCGGAGCACGGCAUCGCCGGUGUUGUAGGACUUUUUUUCAAUGCAUUGUUCUCUGCCGACUGGGUAGUUGGUAUGGACGGAGCCACAGAGCAUGGUGGUGGCUGGAUAACUCACAACUACAAACAAAUGUAUAAGCAGAUCGCUUACAUUGGUGCGGUCUUCGGCUAUGGUGUCGCUGUUACAGCCAUAAUAUGCUUCGUGAUCGACAAGAUCCCAGGCUUGCAGCUGCGAGCCUCUGAAGAAGCUGAGGAGCGCGGCCUGGACGAAGACCAGAUUGGCGAGUUCGCCUAUGACUACGUCGAAGUUAGACGGGACUAUUUCUCGUGGGGAGUCAACAACAAAGCGGAGUCCUUAUCGGAGGACAACGAUUCACAUCCCCAGGGGGAGAAGCCAUGA